UUUAUGCACCCGUUCGGAAUCAUCCACCGAGAGUGGCCAGCGGCUGGCGAAAAAACAGUCUCUGAAGCAGAUUUUUUUUGUCUUGAUUUCCUUCCUCUUGUUUCUUCUACUAGGACUUUGUGGGGGACUGAGUGAGAAAGUGAUUGCGUUUAGAAGAAACGGCAACUGGACCGCUACUGAAAAACGCAGCGAAGACACCGAAAAUUCACCUGUUUCCCGUGCGUUCAGUAACAGAUUGUGUGUUUUGGUGCUACUACUGGGGACGAAAUUGUUAAAUUAUUUGCAGGAAGGAAUAAACCCAACGGGAAGUGAACACAGAAUUGAACAAUGUAUGUAGAUAAAUCUCUAAGUGGUGAUUUAUUUGCCACGAAGUCUCGUCGGAGUUAGCUGUUGUCGGGAAUCAAAUCUUCUUCCUUUGAUAAUCGAGAAGACUCACCAGAUCGAACCAACGGAGACAAUUUGUGUGUUGGUGUCUGCCGCUGAUGUCCUAAGGAAAGCUUCUUCCAAGUGUGCAAGGGUGAAUUACUACCAAUAUGCUAAUACUAUCAACACAAAGCGUGAGAUAAAAGCAAUAUGUGUGUUCAUCAAAAGAAAGUGCAAUAGCAAAACAUCUGUUCGAACGCGUAUGCUGUCUGGAAUAACAUUUGAGCUAUCUGCCGAAUCAAGUGAAAGUGAAAAAUCAAUGCGCUAGUUGCGAUUAGAAGGCUGCUGAUAAGGAUCGAACAUAAAACACGGCGAGAGUUACUGAUUUUGGUCGAACUCAAACGCAGCGGGGAAAUAUGGAAAUUCGGCUGGCCUAGUCGAGAUAGGGUUACUUCAUGUUCGGCUCGGGAAAAUAAAUUCAAAAAUAUAUUUUCUGAGCCGUGUGCGGGAAUGAGAUGAAGCGAUAAAGCCAAGGCGAUUGAAAGCGAAAGCGAGGUGGAAAAUAAAAGAAUAAUAUUUUAUUACACUUGGAUUAAAAGCCGCUAGGUGCUCCCGCAGUGCGGUUAAUGUGUGUGCGAGGCAAGAAAGGAAUGAAAUGACAGCAUAAAUUUACUACCCAAAAAAAACCGUACAAAGUGUGUAGAAUAAAGCGGAGAAAAAAAUUGUAAUUGUUAUUGAUCGGAGGAAAGUUAACGAAUAAAUAAAAAAGGAAUGGGAAUUAGUGAAAGGAAGAAGACGAAAGAAAAGCGAGUCGUGGUGACCAUGGAGUGAUUUUUCUUUCUUGGUCCUUUGCAGCCGUGCCAACAAUACAUUUGCAUGAACGCCGAACCUGUAAUUAAUAAUAAUAGUGUGUAAGGAAAAACCAGCCAAACGUGGCCAAACGAGUGGCAAGUGUUGAUGCUAGCAGCUCAAACUGCUAACAAUUGUGUAGUGUGUUGGUGUAAUCACUUUCUUGCAUACGAAAUUUAUGCUCAGUGAGUUGAGAAUAACAAGAAAAUCAUCGUCACUAGGGAAACCCUCGAGAAAAUCCCAGACCCAGGGCAGAUUAGUGUUUGCGCUAGCACAAUUCCCUCCGUGCAGAGAAGAAAAGUGGCUAAAGCAGUGUUCAGCAAAAAAAAAGCAGUAAGCGAAGAAGCGUUUUACCUCCUCAACUCCUGGCGCUCCUCCUUCCGAUUGGCCGUCAGUGUAUCAGUGUGGGAAAAUACAAAGCUCCUCGCUGGUGUUAGUGGCUCCCCCAAGAAGCGAAUCGUUUUUUUUCCUCUUAUUUCAAGAGCAUCAUACAGGUUUCCAACGUUUAGCAGCAGCCAACCGACAGUUAUUGUGUGUAUCGAAGAGGCUCCUCAUUGCCACGAUACUGUCUCGGAUUCCAUAUACUACUAACAUAUACAGGAAAUGAUUUGGACGCGAGCUAAUCAUGUUCGAAGAUCCCACGCUUAACUCAUCUGCUGACGCUUCUGGAUGCGAAAAAUGGAGCGACAGUAGCAGCGAUAGCACCAGCAUCACUAGACUGUUGAACGUCCAAGUACCACUAGUGCCCGUGGCCUGAGAUGAGGGCCCCAAUCGGUAGAGUGGUGGAAUCGUAACUGGGCUUCCUCGUGGCUUGAGCUGGUGUCGGAGAACGGAACGGACCACCCUCCCGGGUAGGUGCACCAGACGCCGAAGAGUCUAGGUGUGCAACGGUGUGUACAUCCGUUUGAUUUACUUCUUGUUUGCCACCGAAUCCCAACGCGGCCCACCGGAAUUGAAACUCAGCAUCGUUAGAGCUUAUGACAGCUUAAAUCGGAAUUUUUCCACCACCAGGGUGGAUCAACACGGUGGAAAAACUCGACAGUAGCAAUGAACGCGUAACGAAAAAAAACAACAUGAAGGUCUCGAGUGGAGAUGCCUCUCUUGUUCGAAGUAACCAAUAGCAAACCCUCGAGGAUAAUCAGCGAAAAUUCAAACCACGUGUUUUGAAGCGACUGAAUGCGGGGAAUUGAGCGAAGAUGAAAGUGAUUUAUCAUCACGUCAGUGGUGCUUAGUUAGGGGAAACUUCCAAGCUGGACGGAAGCGACCGAAUUUUCAAGUGACACAAAACACGAUGCCAAAAAGUGUGUUUUCGCUGGAAAGAAUUGCAUUACAAGUAUAAUGUAACAAAGCCCGUGGAAAGUGUGAUUAGUGGAGUUUUGUGGUGGAAUCUCGGACGAAGUGGCAGAAAAUGCUGAAACAUGUAGACUUUGCACAAAUCCAGUUAAUUUGCGCAUCUCAUCGUUUCACGUCUGCUUAGGCCACAUUUUGGUGUAAUCAUUGUGGGCGGAAGGAGACGAGAAUCAAAAGACGGCAACGUUAAGUGAAUGGAAAGUUGAGAUUUGUAUCCACGCGUGGGCUUUGGAAUUGUAUACUUUUUGCCCCCAGGGGAGUGACGGGAGAAGCUUUUUAUUUCUCGAACAAAGCCACAAGAAACGUUUGUGAGAAAAACGAUUUAUCUUGGCCAGCGAGAACGAGGGAAAGUAAUUACAGGAAAACGGUGAUUUAUUGGAAGUGACGCGUGGAGAUUUUCUUUUUCUCUUCGACAACCUUCUGAACCCAAUGUCAUAAUUGAAUUUGGAGCAGAAGUGACAGUGUAACGUAUAGCGGAUUCAUCGUCCGGCUCUGUUUUUUGGGCAGUUUGCAGCAGACUUCGAGGAGGAUUGGUGGCAACGGGACUCCAACCCGCGACUAGUGAGCUCAGCUCUGUGUGCGGAGAAACUCACCGCGGCGUUCCUCGGGUUACAUUGGGGUACCAUUGAAAAAUUCCACCGAAUAGUAUGGCUUCGGUCGCCGCUUGGUUGCCAUUUGCACGGGCGGCGGCCAUCGGGUGGGUUCCAAUAGCAUCCCAUCCCCUACCAGCACCACCCGUAUUCAAGGACCGCCUUCGCUCGGAGGACGAGAAGCUGAUCAUCAAUGUUUCCGGCCGACGGUUUGAAACGUGGCGAACCACGGUUGAGAAGUACCCAGACACACUGCUCGGUUCCAACGAGCGGGACUUUUUCUACGAUGAGGAUAGCAAAGAAUAUUUUUUCGACCGCGAUCCGGAUAUUUUUAGACACAUAUUGAAUUACUAUCGCACUGGUAAGCUACACUAUCCUCGGCACGAGUGUUUGCUCAGCUACGAUGAAGAAUUAGCAUUUUUCGGUAUCAUGCCGGACGUGAUUGGAGACUGCUGUUACGAAGACUAUCGGGAUCGAAAACGCGAAAACGCCGAACGACUGAUGGACGACAAACUGUCGGAGAAUAGUGAUAAUAAUCUGCAGCAGCUGACCAACAUCAGACAGCGGAUGUGGCGAGCAUUCGAGAAUCCACAUACUUCCACUGCCGCCCUCGUGUUCUACUAUGUUACGGGCUUCUUCAUUGCUGUAUCUGUGAUGGCUAACGUGGUCGAGACGGUUCCCUGCGGGUUGCGUCCGGGCCGUGCCGGAACCCUGUCCUGCGGCGAACGUUACAAGAUUGUCUUCUUCUGUUUGGAUACGGCUUGUGUGAUGAUAUUCACCGCUGAAUAUCUGCUUCGGUUGUUUGCCGCCCCCAAUCGGUGCAAGUUUGUCCGGAGUGUGAUGAGUGUAAUCGACGUGGUCGCAAUCAUGCCCUACUACAUCGGGCUCGGAAUCACCGACAACGAUGACGUGUCCGGUGCAUUUGUGACGCUACGAGUGUUUCGCGUGUUCCGAAUUUUCAAAUUUUCCCGCCAUUCGCAAGGUCUGCGGAUUCUGGGGUACACCCUAAAAUCAUGCGCCUCCGAACUGGGCUUCCUCGUGUUCUCUCUCGCUAUGGCCAUCAUCAUCUUUGCCACUGUGAUGUUCUACGCCGAGAAAAACGUAGACGGUACAAACUUCACUUCUAUCCCAGCAGCUUUCUGGUACACGAUUGUCACAAUGACAACGUUAGGUUACGGUGAUAUGGUGCCAGAAACAAUAGCCGGUAAGAUCGUGGGAGGCGUCUGUUCCCUGAGCGGUGUGUUGGUCAUCGCGCUACCCGUACCUGUAAUCGUGUCCAACUUCAGCCGCAUCUAUCACCAGAACCAGCGGGCGGACAAGCGGAAAGCACAGAGGAAAGCACGUCUUGCACGAAUACGAAUAGCGAAAGCGGGCGCUAGUGCGGCGUUCGCGAGUAAGAAGAAGGCUGCCGAGUCGCGGCUAGCGGCACAGGAGUCCGGCAUCGAACUGGAUGACAACUACAACGAUGAAGACAUCUUCGAGCUACAGCAUCACCAUCUGUUAAGAUGUUUAGAGAAGACUACGGACCGGGAGUUUGUCGAGCUAGAAACUCAGUACAACGGCCAAACCAAGCGGCCAGGGUCACCAUCGCCGAUGGCCAGCCCCUCCCACUCAGCCAACACCGCAACCGGCAACACCGGGCUGCUCAAUUCCUACUGUAUUCGGUGCUGUUCCCAACGAUAUCAGCCAAAUCUAUAAUGGGAUUUUCAGAUACAGAAUUACACCUCGGCGAAUCAAUGAUGUCCGGAAGACGAUAUUCCGCUGCGGGAGAGAAAGAAGUCAUAAUAGAUUCCACCAGCCACCGGCGAGAACCAAUUUGAGUGAGCGCAUCAGUUGAUAGUUCCCGAAGUCCCGAGGAAAAAAAACCAGCAGAAGCCCAUCACAGCCAUUAUCAGCCACAGCCACACAGUCAUCUCGCGGGGAGGCAACUUGUGGGCCGCCCCUAAUUCUGUCUGAUACCCACAGGGAUUUCUCUCCAGCAGCAAUAUUCGUCAGCCCGUCAGUAGUAAGUCACGUUUUUUUCCAGUCGUCGUCGUCGUGGUCGCCAAUGAAUGAGUAGAGCAGGAGCAGAGUGGUCGCAAUGGAUAGUAGCGAGUGAGCCACGAGAACGGACCAGUUGAUUGAGUCGCCCAAUCUGAAGUGUAGUGUAGGCUCCACCGAGGCAAGCAGCACACAACACAUCAACCACACCCUCGACACACAUUGACACUGCACUCUACAUUAAUAUGCACCACACUGCUCAUCAUCGUCAUACAAUAAAAGAAAAACAAACACUAAUUUAGAGUUAAUAAACAAAUUAUAGAUGUACAGUGUUAUUCUUUCUACAACUGAGAUGAACAUUUGAAAAUGAAAAUAUAGAGAGAGAACAAACAAUGAGAUAUAUACAUAUUAAGAGGUAAACUAACACGUAAACAAAAAACCAAAUUUAGGGUAGCGAUUGAAUUUAACGAUUAACACCUAGUCGAAAGCAAAACCAUCCCAAGGUUCUGUUCAUAGAAUUAAAAGGAAGAGAGAAAGGGAAGGAGGAAUGUGGAAAAUAGCUUUAAUUACUUCGACUACUACUAUUGAAAUAAUUUCAAAAGAAACCCAAUAUAUCAAUGAUAAUGUUCUCUAAAGAAUGGAAGCGACUGUUUCUCGACAGCAUAGUUAAAGUAAUAAGAAAAAAAAAAGAAAAAAAUGACAACAAUAACAACAACAAACUUGAAAGAUCACAUAUCAUGUGUGAGACAAAAAAAAAUGUUACUGCGAAUCAGUACCAGUAGAGCUAGGAAUCAAGUAUGGAGGAACGUUAUGAGUUUAUCAUGAGAAUGGGUUGUGUUUUUUGUUGUAUAUCAGUUCGGUUGGUUGAAUUUUUAAGAAUGUAUCAAUCUAUAUCUACGUUCGCACGCAGUUGAGUGACUUAAACAUCUUAUAUUGCAGCCUGCACGAGGUGAGGUUAGUUUUCGCUGUUCUGGAUGAACUCAUUAUUGUAUUGUUAAUGGAAUCACAUCAACGAAAUUCAAUGUAUCACUUUCUUUUUGAAAAGAAAUUGGAUGAGAAUGACAUGUACCAGCCUAUGGUUUAAAAACUAGUGUUCUUAAGUUUUCAGAGUCAAACAAAAAAAAAACAAAAUUGAGUAGAAGACAUGUUAUUUUAUUAUUUCUUUUUGUUUCUUUCGAUAAAAAAAAAUGGCGAAAAUAGUAAUAAUUUAAUGUAUAACUUUUAACCGGUUGGUUGAUCAUUGCAAAAGCAAGUCGUAUCCGUAACUUCAAACGACAUAUCGGUCGAAAUCAUUGGCGUGGGUGGUAUUGAUUCACUGGAUUUCCUUUUUUUCAAAAACGACCCUUCGCUGACAUAAUUUAUUAGCUGAUCAACUGAAAAUCAUUCAAAGUCGUUGUGAGUUGAUAAAAAGAGAAUGAUAGGUACAACAGAGUUUCGUUUGGUGAUCUCGGAAGCAGAUGCGGUUUGCUGAUCUCCCAAACCUCAUUGUGGUGUAUUUUGCGAAAAGAUCUUGGGCUACAUGCUUAAUGCAGGUCGAGAAGGAGUUUGAGGUAGUUUUCUCACAAGAGCCCUUCUCAGGGCUAGAGACGAAUGAACUUUAAAGUUUAAAGACUAGAGAUCUCUCCAAGAGCGCGUCUUUCGGAUGCCUGGACUGCAUCCGAAAUCGGAGCUAAACUGUUCCCAAAAAAAAGUUGUUUAUCACGAAAAUCACUAUUAGGACAAAGAUAUUGUGUUCUGGUCGGACCUAGCUUCAUGCUACUACGCAAAGGCCACCCUGGGAUGGGCCCCAUACCAUGUCCCAGUCGGUGUACGAAAAUGGUUGGGAAGCCUAGUGACCUAAUUUGAGUCCAAAUGUUCACUGUCGGAUGUUCCCGAACCAACGAGAAGCCGCACGAAGCAACGAAAAUUUUACAGCCGCAAGUGACUCCAUCCGAAAUGUGCCAAAUCAGUCAAUUGAACGGUGUUCUUAUGAAUUGGGCAUCUCCCAACCCUCAUUGUGGCGUUUUUGGCGAAAAGAUCUUGGACUACAUCCUUACAAGAUCAAAUUGACUCAAGAACCAAAGUCAGUUGACCAUAUGAAGCGCCGAAAUUUCUUCGAUUGGGCUCUGAUGAUGAUUUUCAUCCCAAAACCAUCUUCAGCGAUGGCCGUCAAUGGAGAACGCUAUCGCGACAUGUUGAAAGACUAUUUUUGGCCAGAAUUGGAAGAUCUUAACAUCGAUGAUAUGUGGUUUUAACAAGACGGUCCCACUUGCCACACAGCAAACGUAGGCUUUUUAUGGGACUACAUCAAGUCACUAGCCUAUGCCAACCAGUCAGAAACUUUAGAAGUGCUCAGAGACAACAUCCAACGUGAAAUUCGCAACAUUCCGGUCGAAAUGUGUGGUCUAGUAGUGGAAAAUUCGGUCCAACGGAUCGAUCACUGCAUCCUCAAAGAAAGACCCGUUAUUUAAUUGAAUUUAAAAAUAAAUUACCAAAAGUGUUUUCAUUUUGUCUCGCUACUUAUGAUUCACCCGUUAGUUUCAGAGUCUUCUGGAGCCCUUUUUCCAUAUGACAGUCAACCCACAUAUGACGAUCUUGACGAAUCGAUUUUCCAAACGGCCAUACAAAUGAAACACAAAUUUCUGCAUAACUCGAGAACUAAUCGAGCAAAGGGGUAAGGCGAAGGGGUCGAGAAAGGAAUCGUCCGAUUCAGAUGCCAUCAUUUUAUUAUAUUUUCUGUAUCAAACAUGUAUUCCAUUUAAGGGAGAACCAUGUAAUUUGCAAGUGAUAGAAAAAACUUAGGUCUAAAAAAAAAUUAUAUCAUAAUGACUAGUAGGGGAAAAGGGGGGAAUUUGGACCACCUAAGCAAAUCGCUUAAUAUUUCCAAACCAAUACGGUCUAAAUAAAAAAUGUCACACUUGUUUUCUCUCAAUCAAUAAUGUUUAAUCGAUAUAUCAAGCUUGAAACUUUAUUUGGUAGUUCAUAAAAUAAAAGAGAUGAUUUUUGGGCAUUAAAAUUUGAUGCGGGGUGAAUUGGACCAUCUGUGGGGUGAUUUGGUCCAGCGUGCGUUUCAUCGAAAAAACAUACUUAUGUUUAUGUAAAGUAUUUUGGGAUAGUGUUACAAUCAGAUUCAUGCAGAAUUUAAGAAUUUUUCAUGAUAAUUUUUCUGAUCUGGAAUCUGUUGUUCGAGCAUUUUCAAACACAUUCGUUGUUGGUCAAAGAUAAUACGUUCUUGAUGGCCUGAGUUGCUCUUUCAAGCUUCUCCUUCUUCCAACGUUGUCUGCCCAUCCUCUUUUUGACGUUGGACUACGUCUUUCAUUUCUAUACUGGGGUGUAAGUUCAAAGUUUCGAAAACGAAAGCGUUACGCCCGAGAACGAGAUUUUGAGCGUUAAUAGCUCCUAAACAACUGAACGAAAUAGUAUGAUAAACACUUCAUUCGAAAGAUAAAAUGUCUACGCGUUAUAUGCUUGUUACUUUUUGAUCCAGAAACUUGUUUCAAUAGCCCUAAAAUUGCUUUCAAAACAGACUAUUGAAAUCACACCAAUCGGUAUAUAAGCGAGUGUCACUCGGAAAUCCACUCAGUUACGAUUGCGCAACGAUUGAGGUACGAUCGCUGGAAUGGAUGGAUGUUUCCCUAACACAGACUUCAAAACCAUGGAGCCUGUGGAAAUCGGCAUAGCAAAUUAGAUGCAAGCUGCGGGUGCUUUUGUACUCGCUUGCGUUUCUGGAAAUCGGAAUGUUUCUCUAACUUUUGUACUCGCUUGCAUUUUUGCAAACCGGAAUGUGUUUUCCCAAUACAGAUUCCGAAACCAACAAGUUGGGAGAAUCGGCAUUGCGGAUACAUUCAAGUCGGCAAUACUUUUAUACCCCCAAACAUUUUUACACUCUAGAAUUCGUUUAGCUAUCACGGUCUACAAAAGCGGGUACAAAUGCAACGCUCACUGAACUUCUACGCAUACCGUUUGAUGAUUAGGCAACAUGUUGAUAACUAUUUGCUGCGAUAACUACAUGAAUUGCAUGUUAACUUAAAUUGAGAUUUGUUUGCAAUUGAAUUCGUAAAUAGUUUCAUUCAUUCACUAUUUUAAUCAAUAAUUAAAUCAAUACACAAAAGAUAGCACUGCGCAGCGGCGAUAUCGUACCCAAUGAGGAUCAUCCGAGGGAUUAUUACUAAUUUAAUAAAAACAAAUGAUUACUAACAAAACGGCAGUCCUACGUCAUCCUUGCGGUUAUAUCAUAGGUGUGACCAAUCCAUAGUUUUGUAAUUCCGUGACAUCUGGAAUCAAUUAGAUCAAAGAAAAGCCUCAAACUUGUAGGACCAAUUCACCCCACAAAAACGUGUCCAUGUCACCCCACACAACAUGCAAAAAUUAAAAUGCAAUUAAUGUCAUUUAUUGUUAUCAAACUUACAGUUUCUCUGCAUCAAAUUGUUCCUCUUCUGUAGACGAACAGAACUUUACUGCACAAUACACGAAAAAUUAGUUUAACACUAAACCUACCACGGCGGGGUCAAAUCUCGCUUAACUUUUGAAAAGGUCCUAUGUAACAAAAGUAAACAAAUCGAGUUAAUGGAUGCACGCUAUUAGUUUUCAAUCAUUGAAUGCAUUACAAAAACAAUCGUUCAUGUAUCUACCUUAACCACGAUCGAAAACUCACAUUUUUUGACAAUCAAAGUGCUUGUUGUGUUCAUGCUACCGUUUCCUCCCACCUGUCGAAUUUAUUUUUUAGUUUUUUUACGUUAGUUACAUACGGUUCAAUAAUGAAGAAAAUGACAUUAUAAAAAUCCAAGUUAAGCCGUACUUUUUAAGAUAAAGGGGUGGUCCAAAACAGCCCAUAUGUCCAACUUACCCCGUGUUACCCUACUGGUAGAAGUACUAAGAAAAUUUAUAGCAGAAGGAAUUUGUAAAGGGUAAAAAUCAGUUGUGCGAUUGAACCCAUGGACGUUCGCUUAGUAAGAAAAUGUGAAUGUUUGAUAGUAAUUAUAACAAAAAACCAUUUUGAGCAAGAUGAAGUUUGCAGGGUUGGCUAGUGGUUAAAUAAACUUCAGAAAUACGUAUGUCAAGUAAUUAAACAACAUGAUGUGAAAAUUUCCAUACAAAGUUUAACAUUUGAUAACUGGCGUGUGGUACUCAAAUUAUGGCCCCUAAUUCAAAGUCACCACCAGGCGUCGACACUGUAAAUCUGUCAUCGCGGAUUGGAAAUGAGCUUUUGCUUCAUCCAGCAAUUUCUCAUGAAUCAACAGUCAUUCGGACGUUUUCGUUGCUCCCUUUUCUACGACGCCCGGUGCUCAUUUUGUUCUUCACCGUCAAAUGGGCUUCACGGCAUAUUGAAGUGACUCCUCCCAAACUGAAUUCGUUUCUCUCUCAUUUCGGAUAUUAUUUGCGAAUACGUCGAAAUUUCUUAAAUAACUCUUUAGCAAGAAGUUCCGGGGACUCUGAGAAGGUUUAAUGGCUUGCGUGGUUUUGUAGAAUCAUUUCGAGAAGCAAAGAACUUCUCGAUGUUGCAAAAUCGGCCCAAAAAUAUUUUUAGAAACAUACAAGAAAAAAUAUUCUUCUGCUUUAAUGAUGAACUUUCGAUCAUUUUCAACCGUAUCUGCCAACUUUUUCUACCGAUUUUCCAUAUCAGAUGGUAUUUUGAUUGUUUUACCGAAUGGACGAAAAUUUGGACAAUUUUAUGGAUUCAUAGUUUAGGAAAAAAAAACAAUGAUUUAUUUUUUCAAUUGUGAUUUUUGAACUGUUUAUAAGCCUCGAGACUCGACACAUCUGCAUACCCGUUUCAUUCGAAUUUGAUUGCGGAGCACGAAUACCAUUACGGUUAAAGUCUUCGUUAAAGUUUGGUUCAAGUGGGGCUAUACAUACUUUUUUUUAUGUAGGGUAGGACGGGGCUAGUUAGUAAUAGGGGUUAAUUGGUCAAUGACAAUAUUAAGAAAUCUAAGCAUCCAAAAAAAAAGCGAUAUAUGGAUGAAAAAUAGCGAAUUGCUGAUGCAAUAAAAUAAGCAAAUUGGGAAAAAAAUAUUAAGUAGGUUGAAAAAUACGAACAUGGUACCGUUUUUACCAAAAAUCAUUCACUGUUUGGGCAGUAUAAAAAUAGUUUCAAAAAUGGUCAAUAAACAUGAAAAAAUCGGUUCUAACGUGAAACAAAGGUGUAUUGUAUGUAUUAGUUUUAAAUGUUAAUGGAAAUCGAUUUUAACAUUAUCUCUUUUGAAUUUUCAUGAAAAUUCUUUUUUCAUUUAUAGAGGGGCUAGUUGGUCAUAAAACGGCGGGGUUAGUUGGGCAUACAAAUAGCACCGUUGUAGAAAUUGCUCGUUUGAGAGCAACGCAUAUAAAAUUUUCAAGUAUGCCGCGUUUCAUUACGCAAGCUAUAAACAAAUAUAGGAAGCAUAAGUUUUACUGCGAAACCCUGUGUAUUUGAAACGAAACAACCUGAUACCAAUCACCGCACAAACCACUUACAAUAUAGUUGUCCUAUUUGUUUUUUUGCUGUAAAAAUUUCAUUAAAUAUAAUAAAUGCUAACAUUGAAUAUCAAUAAAUAACAAUAAUGCAUCAAGUAAUGUAGCAUACCAGGAGCUUAUUUCAAUAUACUUUGGAGCGAACGAAACUAAUUUCAAAACAAAUGUAAGCAAGAAACCGGUUGUGCGUAGAGACGUCGGUCAAUCGUUCGAUUAAUUCAAAUUAUCGAGCAUCUGCAAUUUUGAUCGAGUAAUUUAGAAUCGAAUAAUGAAAAAUCACAAUUUGAAUACAUCGAAUAAUUAUCGCAGUAAUCACGAUUAAUGAAUAAGGGAACCAUUUUUUUAAAAAACACAGUGUAAAAAAACACUGUGCAAAACUAUUUCAACAACAUUCGAGGAACUGGUAAUUUUGAACAGAAGAAAUUGUAUGUUCGUGCAGUAGAAAUAUUGUGCAUUAUUUUCAUGAUGUGCUCUUUUUUCAAUCGUCCGCAAAAAAUCAUGAAAAGGAAAAUUUAUCGAUAUUUUGAAAUAACAUUCCAUUCAAAAACCAUUAUUCUGAACCAUGUUUAUUUUAAAAUUAUAUUUUAUGUAACUUUUAAAAUUAUGACAUUUUUUAAAUGUCUGUUCAUUUUAAUUACAAGCAAUGAAUAUUCGCUCAAUUAAUCGAUUUAUUGAAUUAAUCGCUCAGUUAAUCGAAUAAACGAAAAAUUUAGACAUCUCUAGCUGUGCGCAUGCUCUGGAUUCUGAUGGCAGAUACAUGGAAGAGAAACAAAAUGACUGGAAAAGAUUGCCUGACUAAUUUACAACAAUGGAAUUCCACGCUAUCGAUUAAAAAGCCGGAAGCUACUAUUCUAAGCCGAGCCAGACUUAUGUAGUUUGCAUAUAGAAAAAAGAUGAGACCUUGAAGCUUUCAUUAAUUUGUUUUUCAAAAUUGUCAACAUUAUAUUUUUUAAAUGAUUUUGUUUUGAUUUAAUCAUUUAAUUAAUAAUUAAAGAAAACUCUUACGCUUAUUAUUUGACCAAAAAGAACAUGCCUAUUAUAUAAAGUGACCAGAUGGUCAGAGGUCUAACGCGGGACACAAAAAACAAAACGUUAUGUAUAUACGUUAUGUGAACAUAAACCAUAGUUUAGCGAGUCUAAACUGAUCAGUAUUAUUUCUUUCUGAGUAUCGGCACUCAGUUGUAAUUUUUCGGUGGUUUACAUUUUGUUUACGCCCGAAAAUCACUCGCUCAAUCAGAGCCUGGCAAGCACGAUUCAAAUUCUACAAUUUUCUUCAAAUUGCCGAAUGGAAUGCUCGAAAAUUUCGGUUCAUUUUUCAUCGAUUUUAAUGUUAACGUAUGCAUUCAAAAAAAUGGACUAAUUUCGGAUGGUGAUGGAAGAUAAUUUUAUUAAGUUUAUUAAGUCUACAACAAAAAUGAUUCAAGGAUGUUGAUUCGCAGCACUGUCAAGCAACUUGAUGAUUUUUUCAUACUGUAAGCUCCACCCCACAGCGAAGGAGUUCGGCAUCCUGAGGCACUUUGUGUCCGCCAGAUAUAGCCGAUCUGGUAUUUACAAUAUCAUCUCUUUGCCGCUCCUUAAGCCGGGAGAUCGAAGCAAGCGGCCAAACGGUGGAGAAGAAUCUGGCCAAAAUGGACAUUUUUAUGCGGAAGCGUCAGACGAGACUGGCCGUAUCUGAGCAGCAGACAAUCACCCAGAAGGAGUAGCUUGAGGUGCUGGUGAAAAACUUCUUUCCGGCGAAAGAAGUGAAAAACUUCUUUUCGUACUCAUAAUGAAAGACGAGACGUACUUGAUGCUAGAAUUCAACGAAUGGCAGGGGACCGGGUACUUUACGUUCCCCAAGUAAGCGUUGGCGUCAAAUAUAUCAUUCACAUCAAGUUCUCGAAGAAGGCCUUCUCUGACAGACGUGAAGGGAAUGUCCAAGCCGCUCUUCUUUCGAGUCAUAUGAUGAACGGGGAGAUAUAUAGUACGAAGUGCUGCCGGAGUUGGGAGGGUGACGUGGUCUUUAUGCCGGACCUGGGAUAAACCCAUUAUGCCAAAAGAUCACUGGAGGCUGGAUCGGGUGAAGAUAGAUAUUGUCGCGAAGACCACCAACCUUCCCCAUCUGCACCCGAUAGAAAACUUUUGGGCGAAUGGCCAAAAUAGAGAGACAGACGACCACCAAAGCCAUGAAAAGGUAAAAUAACACGCUGAUAUACAUCUUUCCAUCGGCCAUGCUUCAGGUUCCGGCCAACUUCUGUAAGACCGCCCAGCGCUUCAUUUGCGAUACUUUAUCAAACAACUUUGCCUCUUUUUGUCGAGUAUACACUAGUUCUUCCGGCUUAUUUAAAACGUUAAGCCCUGACCGAGUUAGGGGACCAAAGAUGAACUUUUCGUCUGACUCACGUUGGUCCCUGUGGAUCAAUAGGGGACUUUUAUAAAAAUAAUUUUCCAAUUUUGUUGCUGCCGCUUCCAAUUAAAGGUUUUUUUUUUGAGCUUCAUCCAUUUAAGAAAAUCAACAUGGUGAAAUUGUGAUAUUGAAAUGUAUUGAUAUCGCGGGACAUUUUCGUUCCUUUUGCCAAAUGCGGGACGUUUCGCGGGACGGAAUCUUACGCGGGACAUUUCGUUGAAAUGCGGGACUGUCCCGCGUAACGCGGGACGUCUGGUCAGUUUACUACUAUAUUAUAGACAUGCCCCAUAUACUGACUUACUUACCCCGUGUGUAGGGUUAGUUGGUCAAUUAAUUCUGAAAUAUGAAGACGUUAAAUAGAAGAAAAAUUCAAAAUUAAUGAUUCUCUGGUUAUUUUUCAUUGAAAAAUAAGUAAACUUCAUUGCGGUACAUAACAUUCUAACGCGAAAAUUCGUGCUACAAAGUUAUAACCAAAUUUAUUCAAAAAUGACCAACUAGACCCGCCCUACUCUAUUCAUAUGACCAUCAAUAUGUGUCAUCGAAUCGAAAAAAAUGAUAAUUAGACGGCACAAUUUUUAAGGAAUAUUUCCGAAGGAGUAGAACUUUCUUUUCAAGUGUUUUCAUGUCGGUUUUAUAGGGUUUAGCAAUGUGAGAGCGGACGUUUUCAUGCUAUAGAAUUGCUUAUUCUUGCCUAUGCUCAUAUUGUGACCGUUUUCCGCUCUUCCGUGCGAAAGCUUCACUCGACGCCACUGAUAUGAAGCCAAAAUAAAUACACUAAUGUUCCGAAAUGGUUUGUUCAUCUUAUGUGAAAAUGUGGCUCUUAACGUUCUGGAUAUGCUCAAAGUAACAUCUGAUGCAGGAUUUGACUCUGGCUAGACCCUAAAAAAACUUCAAAUUCUGGAUAGUUACAUAGUUACUGAUCCAGAAUUUGAAUUUCAUAUCUGAACUGUGAUUCUGAAGACCCCAAAUCGAUAAUGAACGUUUCAAUGAGUAUUUUGAAUUUGAUUGCGUGUAAACUAAAAUCUGAAUCCUUGGAACCUGAAUAUGAAAUAUGAAGUGGAAAAUGUAAUCUGGGCAUACGAAUAACAAAAAUAAAACUAAAGAGGAAAAAUAAAUAAAUUCCAUGGGAAGAAUCCGCACAGAAUAUGAAAUCUGAAAUCUUGUAAUCUUAAUCUAGAACCAAUUGAAUUCAGAUUCUAGAUAAAAAUAAACAAAUUGCAAAUGAAAUUUAGAUACUACAUCUCUAUCUAUAUCAUAUCUAUAUGAGUCCGGAAUUCAGAUAUUUUUUUAUUCACUUGUGAAAAAUGUGGUCCGAAUACAGGUCGGACUCGAUUAUCCGGAGUAUUGAAUUUUUCACUCCGGAUAAUCGAAUCCUCCGGAUAAUCGAAUCAUAAAAGAACGAAUUUUCUCUCGGUAAACGUAAUAUAAUUAUAAUUUGCACUUAUUUAUUAAACGGUUUUUUCUAGCUUGACCCGUUUGUAUGUGUCUGACUUUGUAACUUUGUAACUUUGCCUUUAGCGCUGUACCACAUUAAUAUAAAUGUAACCCCCUUUCUGUUGACCGAAUGAUCUGAAAUUUGGAACACAUUUUUAUCUUUGGUGUCGUUUCAAAACUGCGUAUUCCAUUAUCUUGAAAAUCAUGUGACCCCAUCAAUAUGGGUAUUGAAUGAAAGGGCUUGACCAGUAGAACACAGUUAUUUAUAGAAAAUGUAAGUCAAAGAUGGAGGCCGCUACAAAAUGGCGGAUUACAUAUUUUCUCAGAACCGCUUCAAUAUGGGUGUCAAAUGAAAGGGCCUAGUAGUAGAUGACUAGUAGACAGUUAUUUAUUAAAAAUGCAAAUCCAAACGGCCGCCACUACAAAAUUGUGCCAUAUAUAUUUUUUUUCAAAACCUCUUCAAUAUGGGUAUCAACUGAAAGUGCUCGACUAGUAGAACAUAGCAGAUCAUGUAAUAUCCAAGACGGCCGCAGUCCUCAAGUACCUAAUUACUUUUGAAACAGUUUCAUUCCGCUUGACCUGUUUGUACCAGAUUAAUUGAAAUUUGACCCCUUUCCUGAUCACUGAUUGAUCUGAAAUUUGGAACAUACCUUUAAUUCUACUUAUUUUACUUAUUCACUUUUUACUUAUUUUAUUUUCUAGUUUUUAGUACAUCAUCUGUAUCAUUAGUAUACUUCUCUACAAUAAAACCCUUCAUCUUUUUUAAAUUUUUAUUUCUUACCUAACUUUCUUCGGAAUAUUUUGAUAAUGUACUGUAUUGUAUUAGUCAAAUCAUUUCAUUUGAUACCAAUAUUGAGGGGAUAAAAAAAAUACAUAGUCGACCAUUUUGUGGCGGUGACCUUUUCGAAGUUAUGUUGUUCAUAAUGUAGUGUAUUCUCCAAGUCAAGCCAUCCAGCAAUUUUUUAGCGGCGACCAAAUUGAAUUUUUCAAGAUCGUGGAAUACGCAGUUUAAUAAUGGCAGUAGAAUUAAAUGUAUGUUCCAAAUUUCAGAUCAAUCAGUGAUGAGUGAUGAGUGAUCAAAUUUCAAUUAAUGUGGGACAAUCCUACAAACACUCAAACAUACAUACAAACAGGGUAAGCUGAAUGAAACUUUUUAAAAAGUAAUUAGAUAUUUGGAUACUGCUGCCAUCUUGGAGUUGGAUUUUUCAUGAUCUGCUAUGUUCUACUAGUCGAGCACUUUCAUUUGAUACCCAUAUUGGCUAUUCAAUAUGGAAUUAUUAUACAAAUUAUUCAAAAUUUCUGAAAAUCAAAAAUAAAAUACUGCGGAUAAUCGAGUCUAAAAUUUCGGAAAAUCGAAUUCCGGAUAAUCGAUUCCGACCUGUAAUUCAUAUCGAUCUCGAAUUGUGGUCUCCUGAACGUAAAAUUGAAAAUAUCGAUGUGGAAUAUUCCUGAAAUUCGGAUUCAAACAUUGAAAUUUGAAUCUGUAAAGUGAGUGUCGAAUUACUUCAAUUUUGGACAUACAACCAUUCUUUAAUUUGUCAAUCCUUUAAUGUUGCAGAUAUAACCAUCAAGAUGUACUCAGAAAUUUGAGCCAGCAUUACGUAUCUGAAAUCCGCAUCCCAAUAUACAAUCUGAAAUAUGAAUUCUGAAGUAUAAAUGUAGAAUCUGAGAUUGAAAGUUGUGAUGUGGAAGGAAGUCUUUAGUCCAAAAUCUGAAUGUUGGAUUAGGAAUCUGAAUAUUAAAUUGAAUUGUAAUAUUCAUCGGAUACUGAGAUGUGAAUGUUAAUAUUGUACCGUUUUCCAAGUUCAAAUCAGGUAUCUGAAACUGAUUCGUAGUCAGUGAUCUGUAACCUGGAUAUGGAUUUCCAAAAUAUAAAGUUGGGAAUCUACAUUCUAAAUGUAGAGAAAUAUGGCUCAGAAUCUGGAAUAUAAAACCUGUAGUCUAAGAUGGGAAUAUGAUUCUCGAAUCCGGACCCGUAUCAAUCUUUAAUCUGAAUAUGAAAUCUAAAAUCUAAAAUUAACGGUUUUUCGAGGGGAAACAAUUCAGUAAUAAUCCGAACGAUACCAGAUAUUGAGAAUAUCAGAUCCAAGCUGUAAACGUCUCACAAUAUUUAAACAUUAAUCAAAAUUAAAACUCUUCAAAAAGUUUUUAUUUUAUUUUGUUUAGUUGUCAGUACUUUUUUUAAUUCCAAAUGCUCAAAUGCUUCAUUUGAAAUUCUAUCAAACAACAUCGUCUUUAGACGACGAGCAUCGAAAUUUUGUAAUCUGGUUCAUUUUAUUGCAUGACUCGCCCUUAAAACAAUUAACUUCAAAAAUGACUUCUUUGAUGUUUGCGAAGCAAAUCACUUGAAUGCACUUAUGAUUGUGAUUGGCCGAAUGUCAUCAUUUGAAUAUCUCAGUGAUCUCGUGACACUACAAUAGAUCAAACUACUAGGGACCAUAUUUCGAAAUACUCAAAUUUUGAACGUCCCAUACAUUGAAGAUUUUUUUUUGUUUUACUCAUUUAGUGGAAAUUGCAAGAAGAAAAUAAAUGUGUCCUAUAUAGGAAUGAGACGAUGUGAUAUAUUGCAGUGACUCAUCAUGAAUGUAUGGCGAUGUGUGUAUUCGUGCUCAAAUUCCUCAACAAAUCUAUCUUCAAUAUUUCAACCGAUUGGUUUCGUUAUGAUGUUGAUAUCGAUGCAUACAAUAAUGAGUUCCAGCAGGCAUCAGCUAAUAACGAUUUUAUUUUACUACCAACGCGAUCCAACUUCUUUUCCAACAAUUAAGUUGCCAUUAAAUUAGGGAAAGCUUCCAUACAAGUCUGUGACUAAAUUAUUAGUGUAAAUUUAUAUGAAGCUUUAUUGUGGGCUUAGAAAGUGAUUUUUUUUAUAAAAUUGUGAAAAAAUAGAACAACAAACACAAAAAAAUAAAUGGAUGUUAUUAUAUAAAAAAAUAGUCCAACGCGAAAACAAAAACUGAACUUUCUUAUAAGUGUAAAACGAGUUUAUAAAAUGAUAGCAUAUUUUAAUGAUCUUAUCAGAACAAACCAAAAGGGGAAGAAGAAGAAAAAUUGAAAAAAAAACACAAGUGGAAAUUGACAGUCUAAUUUUAUGCAAGUAGUUUAGAUAAAGUUCCAUUGGGUGGACGAACAGAAUCGAAAUAUUACAAGUUAUACAAUAAAGAAAAAAACGAGCAGAACACUGCAUAGGAUCAAUGAACAAAAGCAGGAUAGUCAAUGUUGAGUAGACAAAAAAAAUAAACUUGCUGUAAUGAGUCAAAACCCGUUUAGAACUUUCAUUGCAACAAGACAUACUAAGCAAACCCUAACAGGAGAGGUAAAAAGUAACUACUUAUGAAAGCUCGAGUUUAGGAUACCCAUGUGAGGCAAUUUUUGGACAUUAUUACGUAGAUACAACCCCGUAGCUCGUCGGUGCUAGAUCGGGCACCAGCCAGAGAAAUUAAGAAAUGAGAAACAACAAUUUUAAAAGCGAAUAAAUUCUAGUGUAAUUGUUAUGAGAAAGCAUGUCAGACAUGAGUUUUUCUUAGUAAUUUAUGAAAAAAUUGAAAUCAAACCAAACAAGUUAUGUGUUGAAAGACGGAAAUAAAAGAAAUAUUGAAAAAAAAACAACUUGAACCGAA